AUGUCCUACGCUCUUUCUAUUGCCUCUUUCGCAUUAGGCGCCGCAUCUCUGGUAGCCGCCCAGGUCACUGGCACUUAUCCUCCGACCCCGUUGGCGUCCAAGCAUUUUUCUUAUCCUUCCGGCAUCCCUUAUAAAGUCGACACUGACCAAGGUCUUGUUCGUGGAGUUCAGUCUGGGUACAAUAUCUGCAACACGACCACCGAAAACCAAAAUUCACUGUGCCAGACAUCUUUCUUCAAUGACGCUACCGAUUUCUGUUUGUGGGCGCCUCAUGAACCCGGAAAGACUGUUGGGGAUGUCGAGGGUGAAAUGGUAGCUUGGUGCACCAAGCCCGGUCACGGAACUCGCCUUAUUCCUGAAGGCGCCCUUACUGGUCUUCAGUUCCUGAAGACUCCUGACUUCAUUCAAGUGGUCGGCUUCAUUGACCAGACGAAGAUCAAUAUGGCUUCUGAUGACAGUGGAGGCGAGAUGGACCCACACGGCGCUGAUCUUCGUGGAAACCCCAUGGGUGGUAUCAUGUUUUCUAACGCUUGGACUGGCCAAUACGUCCAGGCUGUUGAAUGGACAAAUUUCAUGGGAAACAACGCGUUCUGCUUGAAGGCCUGCGAUCCAUCACGGCCUAACCCUGCUGAAUAUUGCCAACAUAUUUAUGAUCGCAUUGGUUGCGCUUUCAACGCCCCUAAUGCUGCCAAGAACAAUGUUUUCGAGUCCUGCGAGGCUGAAAGCGGUGACUUCCCUGGUGUCUACACUUCCGACGGCGUCGUUCACACCUAUACUCAGCCCCCUGAGUCUCUGGGUCCCAUCAUGACCAGGCCAUACGAACCAAAGAUCCCUUCCUCCUCUAACUGCCAGCCAUUCACCAGCUCUGUGGUUUUCACUGGCCUUCCCACUGCCGCUGGCUCUUCCCCUUCGGCAUCUGCUACAAAUUCCGCAAAACCUUCCACUGGAGCCUCGUCCUCCAAGAGUGGAACAAGCGCAACAGCUUCCUCAGCACCCUCGGGGAAUGCCAACAACACCUCUGGGAGUGAAUCCACCAUGAUCGCUAUCUCUGGUCUUUCCUUCCUGGGUGUCCUCUUCUCCGCCAUCUUCCUGUCGUAA